AAGUUUUAGGGUUUAACCUGCGCGCUUCUUUUUAUUAUCUUUCGUUUUCUUUUACUUGUCAUAAACCUUACAAGAUAAACCCUCUAAAAAGUUGAAAAAACUAUAAACCCACCAAUACCUUAGAAGCGAGAACAAAGGACAAAUAAAAUCAAAACCUUGUUAACCGUUUUGUUUUGCUUUGUUUCAUUCUGUUCGUGUAAAUUGGAGAUGGAUAAGGGCAUCUUUAGUGGCAUGUCUGAUCUUCCUGAAGAGGAUAAGCAACGAAUGUCCACCAUGGUAGACCAGCUACAAAUCCGAGACAGUCUAAGGAUGUAUAAUUCAUUAGUGGAGCGAUGUUUCAAGGAUUGUGUCGAUACAUUUUAUCGGAAAUCCCUAACCAAGAAAGAGGAAACAUGUGUUCUCAGGUGUGCCGAAAAAUUCAUGAGGCUUUCCACGCAAGUAGGUUCGAGAUUUUCAGAUCUUGACCAAGGCGCAAAUACUGGUGUCUCUCAAUAGCCUCUGCCUUCUGGACAAUUAAUUUUUUCAUUUUUGUAACAUGGAGCAAUUUUUGUUUAGUAUACGUUUGUCCUCUUUAGUGGUUCUUAACCAAAAACUAUUCAUGACAAGUGAAAUUUCUUUAGAUAGAAUAAAAGAAAAUGUGAUACUGAUUGGUUUUGA